AUGGUUUGCGAUGCAGUGGGUGUCAUGUUCCCACUGUGGGUGCAGCUGGUCUUGUCAAUGUAUCGACACUCGCUAACGUCGUCACUUACGAGAGAGCGUGACGCUGUGUCGAAAGCUCUCGACAACUUGUCUCGAGUCGGGACCCCCUUUCGAGACGGUGAACUUGGUCAAGUUCAUCUGCUUGUGCCAUGUAGAGACCCGAAACAGCUUGUGGAAACAGCAGGUUCACAUCGCUACGAUCUGUUCAUCGGAGCCCUUCGCGCUUCCGACUUCCUGUCGCUUCGUCUUCCGAGCAUCUCACUCGGAUACAGCAACGGCUCCCAAUCGCUCGAGAUCGACUCAUCAAGGCCGUCGCUCCCAGCAAAAGACGUCCGAACGACGUCAGGCUGUCUCCACGUGGUGGCCGUCUUCGCUGCACUGUCUACAGCUGAUAGGAUGGGAGCGAGGUUAGCAACGACUCGAGGUCUGCAUCAAGCCAAUCGAGUGGCGCGUUCUUUGCCACUUGGCACUCACCGUCCGGUCGUCCAUCCCCAAAGCACAUGGACGGGGGCAAACAACCAGACGGACAACCGCCACGCCGGUCUCGACAUCCACCACCUCACAACGGAAAAGAGCGCGUCGAAGCUACCCUUGCCACUGAUAGUCGACCAACCGCUCGAAUAA